AUGUUAAAUAUUUUUUUAUAUAUUAUUAAUUUAAACUUCCGUCUAAUUUUUUCUUUCUUUUUUUAAUAGAACGUUAUAUUAUAAAAAAUUAGUUUAUAAUAUUAUUUUAAACAUAUUUAACAAUAUUAUUUUUAAUAAGAUUUGAUCAAUAUAAAUGUAUCGAAAUAUAUGAAUCAAACUGUGAUAAGUGAAUAUUUCAAGUAUGUGAUUCAUUUUACGACUUUUUUAUAUCAAUAUUGAUUUAUAUUGGGAAAAUAAAGUAAGAUAAUACUUACGAAUGAAAAUAAAUUCAAAAUAAUUAAAUAAGUUAAUAAUAAUUUCUAUAAAUGACAUAAAUUUUAUUAAUUAGUAUAAUAUUAUUAUUAUUAUUUAAUGAUGGAUCAAAAACAUCGGGAAACGAUAGAUUUAUAUUGUAAAGAUAUUGUACCUAGAAUAAAUAUAAUUAAACUAUGGCCAAAGCUUCUCGAAAAUCAAAUUUUUAAUAGAGAUGAUGUAAAUAUUUUACGUUGGAAGAAAAAUCUUACAGAUAGAGCAAUUGUACAAGAUAUAUAUUUAACAAUAAAAACACGAGGACCUUUUGCAUUUCAUCGUUUUGUAACAAGUUUAAGACAAAGUGAUCAUGAUGAUUUAGCAGAUAUUUUAGAAGCUAAAAAAAUAUUUUCUAAUGAUAAUAUACAAAAAAAUAUUAAUUAUGAAACUAUGAAAGAUAACAAUAUAGAAGAAACAGCUUUUCCAGAAACAGUUCCAGUUAUAGAAGAAAUACAAGAUGACUUCUAUCGUAAUAUACAAGUAUCUGAAGUACCUUUACAAAUACAAGUACGAAAAGCCACAAAAUUUUUAGAUGAACCUGUAUAUGAAAAUGUUCAAACAUAUCCAAUGCGUAGAAAUCCUCGUGGAUUGGUUUUAAUAAUAACAAAUAUUGAUUAUAAACAUUCAGGCAAAGAACCUAGAAGUUCAGCAAAACAUGAUGAAUCAAAUUUAAAACAAUUAUUUGAUCAAAUGGGUUUUCAUGUUAUUUCCUAUUGUAAUUUAACUGGAGAGGAAUUAUUGGAAAAAAUAAAAAAAUUUUCUCAAUAUAAAGAAUUACGUAAUGUUGAUUCUUGUUUUAUUAUCAUUAGCAGCCAUGGUAAUAUUCAUCCCCAAUAUGAAAUCACAGAAAUAGUGGGUGUAGAUCGUAAUGAAGAAAAUGAAAUGCAGAAUUGCAAGACUGUUUUGUGUACAGAUAUUUUGGAUUAUUUUACUGCAGAAAAUUGUCCUCAUCUUGCAGGGAAACCAAAGAUUUUCAUUUUUCAAUUAUGUAGAGGAGACAAAAAGCAAAAAUCAGUAAAAAAACCCAGACAUACAACAGAUACAUCUAAUUUACAUACUUCUGAGGAAAUGAUGAGUUUUAAAACAAAUAAUAAAAAAACAAUGAGAAAUUAUGAAGACAUGCUUAUUGCACAUGCUACUCUUCCAGGAUAUGUUGCUUUUCGAGAUAAUAUAACUGGUAGUUGGUUCAUACAAAUUUUGUGUGAAGUAUUUAUGAAAUAUGCUCAUAAUACUCAUGUUCAGGAUUUACUAAAUAUGGUUGAUGAAAGAUUAAAAAUACAAAGAACGACUAGAGAAGAAUGUCAAACAUUAAUGGUAACAUCGAUAGGAUUUAAUAAACAUUGUUAUCUCAAUCCUGGUCUUUUUGAAGAACCAUGAUAUUUGCCAUUAAAUAAAACGCGCAAUGUAUAUAACAAUUAUUUUUUGUAUGUGUAUUGUCUAUCAUGAACUAUUAAAAAAAUCAGACAUAUUUUAUUUAUGAAAUAAAUUUGUGUUGUAUUACAUUUUCAUUACAUUUUAUAAAAUAUAUCAAGAAAUAUAUAUAAAUUUUUGUUUUUUUUUUCUAUACAUAUAAUGUAUCUAUAUAUGUCGCAUAAAAUAUUUUAAAUCUGUGUUAAAAUAAUCGUGGUAUUGUAAUGAUACGCACGACAAGAAAAAAUAAUAAUAUAAUAAACAAAUCAAGCUUUUGUAAAAAGAAAAACAAUAGAGGACAUAUUAGAAAAAUGAUCACGAUGACAAAAAACGGACUAACAUCCAAUUAAUACUUACAUUUGUAUAAAUACAAUAAUAACUUCAAUAUUUGCAUCAUUCGCAUACAACGAAAUUUAUUCGUAAUAAAAUAUAGUAUGUGUAAUAACGAUACGUAUUUUUAAAUGAACAGUUAUGUACACACACAUUUACAUUUAAUAUUAUUUAAAAUAAAAACAAUAAAAACAAAAGAAGAA